AUGCCGGGCUUGGCCGUGGCCUGCAAGGUGCCCAUAAGCCGGUUGCGCGGUGUUCAAGUCGCUCGGCAGGCUGGCCGGGCAUGGUCACAUGCUUUAGACCGGCCGGUUGCGACGCAGUGGCGCAGGCUCGCAACGCAAAGCCAAGGCCGCCGCAAUGCAGCGCUUUGCCCCGCACGCUUGGGCCUACGACGAGCGGUGACGGUGGCCCCGGCGCCAGAAGCUGUUGAGCUUGCUCUGCUGCCUGCAAGACCGGAGCAGGUGCAAAGUUGGGUGCAACGGUUUGGCGCUGUGGUGGCCCGAUGGCCGGUAUUGACAGCUGUGCUGUCUUGCAGCAUCAAGGCGGCAUUAGCGGAUUUGGCCGUGCAGGUGCUGAUCGAACGUCGAGAGAAGCUUGACAAGCAGAGGAACUUCCUGUUCAUGGGGUUUGGAGGACUCGUACAGGGAGGCUUCCAGUAUUUUCUGUGGAACGUCAUUUUCGAACGAAUUUGGCCGGGAAGAAGCAAGCUCGCCAGCUUCUGCAAGUUGGCUGCUACAAACUUCAUCUCCGACCCGUUCUUUCUUUUUCCCUCUUUCUAUGUCAUGAAGGAGGCUGCAAAGGCGCAGACGAUCAGCGAAGCACUGGCCGCAGCAUUCACGAAGUACCGUGCAAACUGCGUCCAGGACUGGAUGAUGAGCUGGAUGGUGUGGCUGCCAGGGCAUUACGUGACUUACUUCUGGCUACCACUCCACUUGCGAGUGCCCUGGGUGGCCCUGGCAUCCUUCAGCUACAUCGGUGCCCUCAGCUACGUCAGGGGUGGCUCCGGGGAUAAGACCAACUCCUGA